UAUAUGUUGAGACACCUGUCCUUGGCCCUGUCCAAAGAUGUACUUUGUGGCAUGCCUACAAGUACCCAAAUUCAUCUUAUUUCAGACUGCAAAAGGUUGUUGAAGGAAGUCUUACUCAUCCAUUUGCGUUGACAUUGUCUGGGGACACUUUGUAUUGGACAGACUGGCAGACACGUUCCAUUCAUGCCUGUAACAAACGGACGGGAGAGAAGAGGAGAGAAAUAUUAUCAGCUCUCUAUUCACCCAUGGACAUCCAGGUCUUAAGUCCAGACCGGCAGCCCUACUUUCACACUCCAUGUGAAGAAAACAAUGGUGGUUGCUCCCAUCUGUGCCUGCUAUCACCAAGAGACCCCUUCUACAGCUGUGCUUGUCCCACUGGUGUGCAGCUAGAAGAUGAUGGCAGGACGUGCAAAUCAGGUGCUGAAGAAGUGUUGCUGCUUGCUAGGAGGACUGACUUGAGAAGGAUUUCCUUGGACAUGCCAGACUUCACUGACAUUAUUCUGCAGAUAGACAAUAUCAGACAUGCAAUUGCCAUAGACUAUGAUCCUGUGGAAGGCUACAUCUACUGGACUGAUGAUGAUGUUCGGGCAAUUCGUCGGGCAUACCUUGAUGGCUCUGGAGCGCAGACUCUGGUAACCACAGAAAUCAACCAUCCGGAUGGAAUUGCAGUGGACUGGGUGGCAAGGAACCUGUACUGGACUGAUACUGGAACAGACCGCAUUGAAGUGACCCGUUUGAAUGGGACAUCGAGAAAGAUCCUUAUAUCAGAAAAUCUAGAUGAACCUCGUGCAAUCGUGCUCAAUCCUGUCAUGGGCUACAUGUAUUGGACAGACUGGGGUGAAAGUCCAAAGAUAGAAUGUGCUUAUUUGGAUGGAUCAGAGAGGAGAGUUCUGGUGAAUACGUCCCUGGGUUGGCCUAAUGGCUUGGCACUAGAUCUUGAAGAGGACAAACUUUACUGGGGAGAUGCAAAAACAGAUAAAAUUGAGGUCAUAAAUGUUGAUGGAACGAUGAGGAAAACCCUCUUAGAAGAUAAACUUCCGCAUAUAUUUGGGUUCACGCUGCUGGGUGAUUACAUCUACUGGACUGACUGGCAGAGGCGAAGCAUUGAAAGAGUUCACAAGAUAAGGGCUAGCAGAGACAUUAUUAUUGAUCAGCUGCCAGACUUGAUGGGCCUUAAAGCAACAAGUGUUACCAAAGUUUUUGGGACUAAUCCAUGUGCAGAGAACAACGGAGGCUGCAGCCAUCUGUGUUUCUUUACACCCCAGGAGACCAGGUGUGCCUGUCCCAUUGGCCUUGAGCUGUUGAGUGACAUGAAGACUUGCAUCAUUCCUGAAGCCUUCUUAGUUUUCACAAGCAGAGCAGCAAUUCAUAGGAUUUCCCUUGAAACCAAUAAUAAUGAUGUUGCUAUUCCUCUUACUGGAGUCAAGGAGGCAUCUGCUCUGGAUUUUGAUGUUUCUGAUAACAGAAUCUAUUGGACUGAUGUUAGUUUGAAGACCAUAAGUCGAGCUUUCAUGAAUGGGAGCUCUGUUGAACAUGUGAUUGAAUUUGGGCUAGAUUACCCUGAGGGAAUGGCUGUAGACUGGAUGGGAAAGAACCUCUACUGGGCAGAUACUGGAACUAAUCGAAUUGAGGUAGCCCGCCUGGAUGGACAGUAUAGGCAGGUCCUUGUGUGGAAGGACUUGGACAACCCAAGGUCUUUGGCUCUUGAUCCUACCAAAGGGUACAUGUACUGGACAGAAUGGGGAGGUAAGCCUAGGAUCGUUCGAGCAUAUAUGGACGGAACAAACAGCAUCACUUUGGUGGAUAAAGUGGGUCGUGCCAAUGACCUCACAAUUGAUUAUGCGGACCAACGGUUGUAUUGGACUGACUUAGACACCAGCAUGAUCGAAUCGUCAAAUAUGCUAGGACAAGAACGAGAAAUCAUAGCAGAUGAUCUACCUCAUCCAUUUGGAUUGACCCAGUACAGUGACUACAUCUACUGGACAGAUUGGAAUCUUCACAGUAUAGAAAGAGCAGACAAGACCAGUGGGAAGAACAGGACACUUAUUCAGGGCCAUCUGGAUUUUGUGAUGGAUAUUUUGGUCUUCCAUUCUUCACGUCAGGAUGGCUUGAAUGAUUGUGUGCAAAAUAAUGGUCAUUGUGGUCACCUGUGCCUUGCUAUACCAAAUGGAUUUAGAUGUGGCUGUGCUGCUCACUAUACCUUGGAUCCCAACAGCAGAAACUGCAGUUCUCCGACCAGUUUCCUGUUGUUUAGCCAGAAAUCUGCCAUCAGCCGAAUGAUACCUGAUGAUCAGCAGAGUCCAGAUAUCAUCCUGCCUAUGCAUGGUCUAAGGAAUGUGAAGGCUAUUGAUUAUGAUCCUUUAGAUAAAUUGAUUUACUGGGUAGAUGGGCGGCAGAAUAUUAUAAAAAGAGCCAAAGAUGAUGGCACUCAGCCUUUUACUGUCAUGAGCUCUCCAAACCAAAGCCAGAACCCAGAGAAGCAGCCACAUGACCUCAGCAUUGAUAUAUACAGCCAUACCUUAUACUGGACCUGUGAGGCCACAAACUCUGUCAACGUUCACAGGCUGAACGGCGAGUCAAUAGGGAUGGUGCUGCGAGGCGACCACGACAAGCCCAGAGCCAUUGUAGUGAAUGCAGAGCGGGGGUACAUGUAUUUCACCAACAUGCAAGAGCGAGCUCCCAAGAUUGAGCGUGCAGCCCUUGAUGGCACAGAGAGGGAAGUGCUUUUCACAACUGGGUUGAUCCGACCAGUAGCACUGGUGAUUGACAACAAACUCGGAAAGCUUUUCUGGGUGGACGCAGAUCUGAAGCGCAUCGAAAGCUGUGACUUGUCAGGUGCUAACCGUGUGACUCUGGAGGACUCCAACAUCCUUCAGCCAAUGGGACUGACUGUGCUGGGGAAUCACCUAUACUGGAUUGAUAGGCAGCAGCAGAUGAUUGAGAGAGUGGAGAAAACUAAUGGGUACAAAAGGACUAGAAUUCAAGGCCGAAUUGCUCACCUAACAGGCAUUCAUGCUGUGGAGGAACUUGAUAUGGAGGAAUUCUCUGCACAUCCAUGCUCCCGUGACAAUGGUGGGUGCUCACACAUCUGCAUUGCCAAAGGGGAUGGGACUCCAAGAUGUUCAUGCCCAGAGCACCUUGUGCUCCUGCAGAAUCUCUUAACAUGUGGAGAACCCCCAACUUGCUCCCCAGACCAGUUUACCUGUGCAACUGGAGAGAUUGACUGUAUACCAAUGGCAUGGCGGUGUGAUGGAUUCCCAGAGUGUGAUGACCAGAGCGAUGAGGAUAGUUGCCCAAUAUGCUCUGCAUCUCAGUUCCAGUGUGAGAAAGGACAAUGUAUUGAUGCACAUCUGAGGUGUAAUGGAGAAAUUGACUGCCAAGAUAAAUCUGAUGAAGUGGAUUGUGAUACAAUUUGUCUGCUCAAUCAGUUCCGAUGUGCCAGUGGCCAGUGCAUCCUCCUGAAGCAACAGUGUGACUCCUUUCCAGAUUGCAUUGACGGCUCAGAUGAGCUCAUGUGCGAAAAAUCAAAGCCAUCCUCAGAUGAACCUCAGCCCCACAGCAGUGCCAUCGGUCCCGUCAUUGGAAUAAUACUUUCCCUUUUUGUCAUGGGAGGAAUGUACUUUGUUUGCCAGCGAGUGGUGUGUCAGCGCUACGCCGGGCCCAACAGCCCCUUUCCACAUGAGUAUGUCAGUGGCACGCCUCACGUCCCUCUUAAUUUUAUUGCUCCAGGAAGUUCUCAGCAUGGCACUUUUACUGGCAUCUCUUGUGGAAAGUCUAUGAUUAGCUCCAUGAGCCUCAUGGGAGGGAGCAGUGGUGCCCCCUUAUAUGACAGAAACCAUGUUACUGGAGCCUCUUCUAGUAGCUCAUCCAGCACUAAAGCCACUUUCUACCCACAGAUCUUGAACCCGCCUCCAUCCCCAGCUACUGAUCGCUCCCUGUAUAAUGCAGAGAUGUUUUAUUCUUCAAACAUUCCUUCAACCACAAGAUCUUACAGGCCUUACCUUAUACGAGGGACAGCUCCACCCACAACCCCGUGCAGCACAGAUGUUUGUGACAGUGACUAUACUACUAGUCGAUGGAAGGCCAACAAAUACUAUAUAGAUUUAAAUUCAGACUCAGACCCUUACCCCCCUCCACCCACACCUCGCAGCCAGUACAUGUCGGCAGAAGAAAGUUGCCCUCCAUCUCCUGCCACAGAACGAAGCUAUUUUCACCUCUACCCACCUCCACCCUCUCCUUGUACAGACUCCUCAUGACCUCAACAGAAGGAACUUUCCCUGUAAAUAUUUUUAAAUAUGAACAGAUUUUAAAUAUAUAUUUUAUGAUUUAAAGAUAAAAAGGGGUGGGAAUUAAAAAGGAAAAAAGAAAU